AUGUGGUCCUCUCACAAACCCAAACUCAGUGGACUUCGACAUUCUGUCAAAUCUAAAAUGGGUACUCCAUCCUCAUUACCCACAAACCCUAACCCCAAAUCACCGCCAUUACCUCAGUCCCCACCACCACAAACGCCACCAUUACCACAAUCACCACCACCUCAGUCACCGCCCCCGCCCCCAAGCCAAAUACCACCUCUCAUUCCGCCGACUCCCCUCUCGCCGCAAUCCGAGCCGCCAAAUGAAACACAAAUUACCGAUACCCAUUCCCCAAAACCAACGCCUGACCCUGUUCCUACUCAAACAAAGACCUAA